AUGAAGUUCACCACCUGCGUCAUCCUCCUCACUACGGCCUUUAGCGCCAGUGUUUCUGCUAUCGGUUGCUACAAUCUCCGCGGACAACAGAUCAAAGCAAGCGAUUUGAUCUACAACUCCGACCGGGCUUGCAAGGGCUACGACGGCAAGCGGGGCGCCUUCCAAGGUACCUUCGGACCGGGCGAGACGAAGUCAGUCUGUGUGAAUAUUGGCGACGACCGUGUCGACAUGCAGGUGCAGAAUCAGAACCGCGGCGCGUCCUUCGACCUGAAUGACAACGACUGUGCCAAAGAGUUGGCCAGCGUCGUGACCAGAUGCCAGGGUUCGGUUGCCGCUGGCGACUCUGUUGGUGGGGAGUUUCAAAACGCCGGAUGGUGGUUCAGGGUGGACCCCAACAACGGCAACUGCUAGAGGGCAGCGACUGGUUGGACUCUCAUGUUCAGGGUGUGGCUGUGACGACCACGACAAGUCUUCCGAGAAGAAUAAGAGACAUAACUGGGCACUGCAGUCAGUCUCUCUUUCUCCCCCUAAGUUUUACAUACAUGGAGGUAGGGAGCGAGGACUGAUCUGAGUCUGGGAUACAGUGUAAACGGUCAUUGCAACCAUCAACAAACAGAAAUAAAAUCCAUUAUCAUCAGAACAGUGUAUGUCGAC